CUCAUGUACGUUUAUUUAACUCUACUUACGUCCAUACACAUGGAGGAAUAAUACUUUUCAGCAGUACUUAGAUGUACUAUUUCAAGACGACAAGCUUCACUUUAAACUCUUAAACCGAAAUAAUCCGAAGGACCUAACCCCAGCCUCCGCUAAGCCAAGUUUAUCCUCAAAUCCGUGCCUAUGAUGGUACUUUCUUUCCCAAACUCUGGGGCCACCUUACUUAGAGUUAGAGGCCACGGUAGGCUCGUACGCCAGCUAACAGCGUUUGGAGUGUUGAACUACAAGUGGUCAUUCUCAUUAGCUACAUAAAUAAAAAAAAUGUCUUUGGUCUUUAGUCAAUCAAGCAGAGUGAAAAGUCAGCUUUCAAUUUUAAAUUUUCCUCCAUGUUUAGCUCAGUCAGCUGAGUUUAUAGCACAGUUUAUAGUAAUCUAUGCUCAGCUGUUGUCACCACAGAGUCUAAAUUUAAUGACUAUUAAUUAAUGAGAAUGAGUAGAUAGGGCUUUUGCACUUCGUAGGUAGUUAGGUAGUUAGACGUUGAUUUGGUACACCUACCUACCGUGUUUGGUAGUUAGAAGUAUAAACAAUGUCUCAUCAUCAUUGUCAUGGACAUCAUGAUCAUGAUCACAGCAGUUCCGACGAAAUCGGCUUUCAGUAUAACCUAUAUGAAAAAAUUGAUAAGGAAAAUUUGCAAUGUUUAAAUGAAACUAUCGAAGGCUCAGGGAAAACUGUAUUUAAGCCAUGGGAAAAGCGGCAUGAUAUAACUCAAUUCGUUGAAAGUGAUGCAGAUGAAGAAUUAUUAUUUAAUAUACCAUUCACGGGGAAUGUGAAACUUAAAGGUAUCAAAAUAUCAGCAGAAGAUUCUGACUCUCAUCCUGCAAAGUUAAGAUUAUUUAAGAAUAAACCCAACAUGACUUUUGAUGAUGUGACUCUAGAGCCAGAUCAAGUUUUUGAAUUGCAGAAGGAUAGUCAAGGUGUUUUGGAAUAUUCUCCCAAAAUUGUCACAUUCUCAUCGGUAUCACAUUUGACAAUGCAUUUUCCUAGUAACUUUGGUGCUGAAAAUACCAAAAUAUAUUAUAUUGGAUUAAAAGGUGAAUGGACCCCAGGACAUAGACAUGGAGUAACUAUUUGUACUUAUGAAGUAAGACCUAAUAUUGAUGAUCAUAAACUGAAGAAAUUUGAUUCUGUAUCAAGACAAAUUGAGUAAAUAGUUAAUAUUAUGACAUUAGGAUUUCAAAUUUCAAUGUAAUGCUGUUUAUUUGUAUAUUUAUAUAAUUUUGCUUUUUUUCUAUCCAUCAUUUUCUAUGUAUAUGUUACUCUACUGUGUUCCACAAUAUUGUCAUCACUGUAGGGUCAUAUGAAAAAAUAUCGAGAGGUAUCAUAAAUUUUAUUCAUUUCUUUAAUAUAUGUACAUCUACAUCUAAUGCUGUUCUAAUCUAUUUAUACUAUUUAUCUUCCAGUAAGAUUAAGACUGUAAUAUAAAAUAUCUAAGUAAUAA